AUGACGAACUGGCCAGAUGUCCAUGUUAAGGCCGCCGAGGGAAUCUCCUACUUCACUCCCGCCCAGCAACCCACCGCUGGCACGGCUCGCGACCCUCAGACGAGCGGAAAGGUCAUUCCUAAACUUUUCAAACCCCUAACGAUUAGGGGACAGACGUUCCAAAACCGCCUGGGACUGGCGCCCAUGUGUCAAUAUAGUGCCGAUGAUGGCCACAUGACUCCCUGGCACGUAGCCCACUACGGCGGUAUUGCCCAGCGUGGACCUGGAAUGAUGAUAAUCGAGGCAACCGGAGUUCUUCCCGAGGGCCGUAUUACUCCCGGUUGUGUCGGAUUGUGGAAGGAUUCUCAGAUUGCACCGACAAAGCAAGUCAUCGAGUUUGCCCACAGUCAGGGUCAAAAGAUCGGUAUUCAGCUGGCGCACGCUGGUCGCAAGGCCUCGACAGUUCCCCCUUGGCUUGGCGGAGUCACUGCAACUAAUGCCGUUGGCGGUUGGGUGGAUGGUGUAAAGGCACCCAGCGCUGUCCCAUUCGCACCGGGAGACAUCAUCCCCAAGGCCAUGACCAAGGAAGAUAUCCAGGAAGUCAAGGAAGCCUGGGUUGCUGCAACGAAGCGCGCUGUAGCGGCUGGAGUAGAUUUCAUUGAGAUUCAUAACGCCCACGGAUACUUACUCUCGUCAUUCCUGAGUCCCUCGUCGAACAAACGCACGGAUGAAUACGGUGGCAGCUUUGAGAAUCGCAUCAAACUCUCCCUGGAAGUUGCCCAAUUAACCCGCGAAACUGUCGGUCCAAACAUGCCUAUUUUCCUCCGCGUUUCUGCCUCCGACUGGUUAGAGACCAACGGAUCAGAAGACAAGGGUUGGAAGCUCGAAGAUACAGUGGAAUUUGCCCGGGCUCUCGCUGCUCAGGGAUGUGUUGAUUUGAUUGAUAUCAGCAGUGGCGGUGUCCACAGUGCUCAAAAAAUAAAGGCUGGACCGGCUUUCCAGGCUCCUUUUGCGGCAGCAGUGAAAAAGGCAGUUGGAGAUAAAAUGCUCGUCGCCGCUGUGGGAAUGAUCAACAACGGCGUUUUGGCUGACAAUAUCUUGAACGAGAGUGAUUUAGAUGUCAUCCUUGUCGGACGUGCCUUCCAGCGUGAUACGGGAUUGGCCUGGCAGUUUGCUAAGGACUUGGACGUUGAGAUUGCAAUGGCCGGGCAGAUUCGAUGGGGAUUCACUAGUUUCCGGAACGCCUCGGAGUAUAUCCAACCUAAUUCUAUGAAAGCGUCGAUUUUUGAUUAG